AUGGCGCAAACUCUCGAGGGACCAUUGGGAGGCAUGUUCUCACGGGGACGAGGAUCCGCCCCCUCCUCUUUGGGGAAGCUCAGGGCUGUAGCAGGAGAAAAGAAGAAAAGGAAGGCUCCGGGCUCCCCGAGCUCAGAGAGGAAGAAGCCAAAGAAAAGUUUGGCCCGUAAGCCAAAGGAAAGUUCUAGCUCUCGAGCGCCCGACUCUGAUUCUCUUUAUCAGGUCAGGGAUGAGCCUGAAGAAGAUGAUUUUUUCGUGGCCCACGGGCCGACAUCCCCUGAGGAGCGAGCAACUGUUGCAGAGGAGAUCCAUAAAGCUGAUCCCCCUCAAGCCCGGGGGGUAGAUGAGAAGACCAGGGCCGAGAUUUCCCGGAAUGCCAAACACACACAGAAGGAGGCACCCAUUGCCUUGGUGCUCCAUCACGAAAGCUUUCUUCGGUACCGGGCUGAGGUUAACCAGCUUGAGGCUGAGAUCAAGGAGCUUGCUGAGAAAAGAGACAUGUAUAAGCUUCUCAGCGAGCAACACGAAGGGGUCGUCAAGAAUCUCCAAGCUGAGCUGGAUACGGCUCAGAAGGAGCAUGCCGACUUGGUAAAAAAGCGGGAUGCCCUUGGUAGUGAACGUGAAGUUGUAAAGGCUCAGAUGCACACAACCUCAGCCAAUGCUGAAGAGAUGAUGGCACAGUAUAGGGCCGAUGUCAAGGCAUCCGAGGCCCAGCUAAAAACCACUGUUGAGUACAUGAAGCGAUUGUCUCGAUGGGAGAACCUCGAAGAGAUCCAUGCCCAAGGCUUGGACCUAUCUGCCAAGAUCCAGGAGGCGAAAAGGCUUGAGGUCGAGGCCAAGAAGCUGGCUGAUCCCAAAGAUGAAGAAGGCUCUGAAGGCUCCGACGAACUCGAAGAUAAAGAAGGCCCCGACAACUCUGGUAACAAGGCGGGUUCUGGUGAAGAUCGGGCGUAG